ACAACAACGAAUGAAGGGUGUGAGAUGUGGGCAGGUUGGAACGGAGCUUUCAUAUUUCAUUUUUACGAGUAAUUGAUUUGUGACGAUGGAAUUAGGCCUUAAACAAUAGGCAAGCUGAAGACCGAUCUUACCUGAAAAUUAUCGAGAGCGAGCGUAGGCUUUUGGCCUCUUCUUUCUCACAGGAAUACAAGCCUUUUUUAUCCUCCAACCUCGAAACGAUGUCGUUCCAUUAAAACUUAAACAUGUCAAUUUAAUCACCUCUUCCGUUCCAAACUUUUUUCCCCAUUUCGCCGAGUUCGCCCCUUCCGACUUCCGCCGUUCGCCGCCGCCGCCGCCACUUGUCCAGUACUUAGCGUCUCUCGAGACCCGAUAACACAACUCUAGCUCGUUGUUCGCCUGGUCUGGAUCCGCCUCUGCGGCUCUGCCUGGGAUAAUCUGCCACCGCAUCGCCGCCUCUGGCCAUCACGGCACCACCACUUCUCCAAGGAUCCCAUUGAAAGAUUGUGAUGAGAUACCUAAGAAAUCCAAUUUUUCACACUCCUGUGCAAGCCUGCUCUUCAAUCCAUUACUAGAUUUUGUGAGUAACACGCAAUGGGUCUGAGCAAAUCUGAAGUGAAUUUGAGAAGAUUACUUGAAACUGCACCACAACAGCAAAAUCAAGCAAAGCUCAUACAUUAUGUUGCCACAUUGCGGGAACUGUUGGAGCAGUUGGCCGAGGAGAGGAGUCCAGAAGGACUGCCUAGGGUCUCCAAAGCUAAGGUGACUGAAUAUUCUGAACAAAUCGAAGCUAUUGCUGCUAAAGUGGCUGUACCUGUGGAGUCUCAAGAGCCUACGGUUGACACGUGUGAUGUUGAAACUCAUAAAUCGGAGGGGGAAAGUGUACAAUCUCCUACAGGAGGACUGAGAAGAAGAUUUGUGCCUCCGUCAAAUGCUAUGGAUACAUCUCUAGAUAAGGUGAGUUCCGGCCCAUCUUCUCCUGUCAAACUUGAUGAUGCUGCAUUGAGACACAUCGAUAAGCAUAGGAAACUUCAGGAGAGCAUGACGGAUGAAAUGGUCGUCUUGGCACGACAACUGAAAGAGAGUAGUCUCAUGAUGAACCAAUCCAUAAAAAACACAGAAAAGAUACUCGACUCAACUGAGAAAGCGGUGGAGCACAGCUUGGCGAGCACUGGGAGCGCCAAUACUCGUGCCAUGAAAGUGUAUUCGCAGAGCUUCAAGACAGCUUGUUUCACAUGGCUUAUGAUCUUUGUCAUGACAUGCAUCUUUGUCAUGGUCGUGCUUCUCAUACGCAUCACCUAGCUGCCAACCCUUCAGGUUCUACUCUGUUUUCCGACCCAGCAAGCUUCUAAAAAUAUAUACUCCAUGUGUGUGUUUGUAUAUAUAUAUAUAUAGGGGCUGGUUCAAGUGAGAAUGCACCUUGGUGAAAGAAAUAAAAAUAAAAUCUAGCCUUUGGAUCGGAUGCAUCGUGCGGCUCAGAUUUUGAGAUAGUGCAUUUUCAAAGGAUUUUGAUGCAUUUCGACAUGAUGCAUUUUUAACCCAUUUUGGUGCACCUAAUUUUGAUUCAAUCUUGACCGUUAGAUCUCAUAAUCUAAAGCACCAGAUUCAUUCUUAUUUCUUUCAUAAGAUUGCAUUCUCACUUGAACCAAUAUAUAUAUAUAUAUACACACACACACACACACACACUGUUGACUCCUAAAGAUUGAUUCUUGUUUCAAAUGACCAAAGGGGUACAAUAUCACUAUAAUAGGAAUACACAUCCAAUUCGUAUUUAAUUGUCUGCUUUUCCAAAAACGAAUCGUUGAAUUACGUUCAAUCGUUCAUGUACCCUUUUUUUGUUACAUUCAUGCGAGUUGAUAAACAAAAUGAGUGUAAUGAU